AUGAUAUCGGAUUCAACUUGGACGUUGCGGGUUGAAUUCCAUGAUCCGAAACCAAUUCCCGGAUCCGUUAUCACUUGCGCUACCAUUCCGCGCGUUAGCAAUGAGCAUCACCGCGCCCCAUUCCUCGCUCUCGCUCUUCGCUCUUCGCUCUUCUCUGCGUGGAAGAUGCUACAGCCGCGCUGCAUCGAUGUCUGCGGGAAUCCCGUACUCCCUCGGCCUUUUCUAGGGCUUCGAACGGGAAACCAUCGAUUCCCUGCUGCCAAUUCUGGGGUUCGUGUUUCUCCUAGAUUCUCUUGCCGCUUCUCUGAGCCUAGGAAAGGAGGGAGAGGAAGUUUGGUCAAGGGAAAGAAGAAAGAGAACGUUUGGAGCAUUGACAACGAGCUCUCAACAAGGGAAGCGGUGGUGGAGGGGAAGAAAUCAUCACGCAGGCGGAGAAGGGGGAGGCCCAGCGGGCGCGUUGUUAGAGAUUCUAGGGUUUUGAUCUCGGGCUCUAUGCUUGUGGAGAUUGAGAACGUGCUCCAGACGCAGGAGCCUGUGAUCAAACCAGCAUGGAGUACAUUUGCAAGUAGUGUCAGUGGGAUAUGGAAGGGUGUUGGAGCUGUGUUUUCGCCAUUCACUGCUGAGAUGGAACCCAUUGGAAUAGGGAGACAGAAUGAGAAUCUCUAUGAUUGUUACACUCAAUCCCGUGUAGAAAGGGUGGCCGCUGAGGAUGGUUUUUGUCCAAUACGGAGUGUAACCAAUUGGGUGCCUUUGAAUCCUUUCGGUGAGAUGCAUAGGCACGUUGGAAAAAGCAGUGGUGCAAAAGAUAGUUCCGGGACUUCUGCUACUGUGGAGGAGAGUUAUGAUGUAGUUCAUGAUGGUCAUGACUUGCCUGCUUUUGAGACAUUUGACUUUGGAAAUAGUGAGUUGUUGCAAGAAGAUUUGAUGGGCAUGGAGCCUGGUCUUGUAUUCUUUGAGGAUGGAUCAUAUUCAAGAGGUCCUGUGGAGUUACCUGUUGGAGAAUAUGAUGAAUCUAAAUACUUCCUUUCUCCAACAUUUAAAUUUGAGCAGUGCUUGGUGAAAGGUUGCCACAAGAGACUGCGUAUUGUUCAUACUAUUGAGUUCAGCGAAGGAGGAUCAAAUAUACAGAUAACAAGGGUUGCCGUUUUUGAAGAACAGUGGAUUAGUCCAGCCAAUUUCUAUGAUGAAAAUGACGCAAGCUUUGAUCUGAAGCCUAUUUCGCAACGUAAACGAACCCAACCAUCUGAGCUGAUAGGUUCUUGGAAGGUAUUUGAGGUGAGCGCAACACCUAUAUUCAGUGAAGAGGUACCAGUAGAAGAAGGUGGGCUGCCUUAUGUGUAUCUAUGUACAGAGACCUUAAAGAAGAGGAGGCUGCCAGAGAGUGCUUUGUACUUUGGGGAGGAAGAAAUACAUGACUUGCAGAAUGUGACUAUCUUAUGGCUACCGGGUGGUGUCACUGGAUAUGUAGAUGUAACUAAAGAUGGGACUCUCUGCAUAGGAGUUGGGUGGUACUCAGACGAAGGGAUUAACCUUGUGAUUGAGAGAGACUAUGGCAUUGAUGGAAAGCUCAAGGAGGUUAGAUCCAAGUCUGAGGUCAAGAGAAGAUGGACAGACCAUUUGCCAGCAUAAGAUCGGCACCUGUUUAUCUGUUACAUUAUGUUUCCCGCACUUUUUUUUCUUGGUACAAUUGCUUCUGAUGCCAUAUGUAAUACAGCACACCAUCUGUUGAUAUUGGAUAAAGAGAAACUGAGUGGGAUGCUAAGAAAACCCUGUUACAUGAAUGCUUCAUUAUAGUCUUUAGCUCAACGUUUAUUUUUCUA